ACCUUUUUCCCUCUCCUCCUCAGCGCCUCCCCAUCCCCACCCACCCGCACCUCCGCCCCUCCACCCCGGGCGAGGCCUCGUCCUUCGGCAGCCGCCACCGCCACCGCCACCACCGCCGCCAGCCAAUCCUCUGGAACAGCGUCGGAGAGGGGGCGCCACCGCGAGUUCAUCCCAUCCAUGGCGAGCCGCGUCCUCGCGCCGCGCCACCUCCCCGACAUAGGGUUUGCCUCUCGCGCCGCCCUGCCAUGCUAAGGUGGGGAGGAGGCGACCUGGUGUUACCCGGAGGAAGCUGGGGCGGGGGCCAAGGGCGCCUCGCUGGCGGAUGGACGCCGAUGAGGCUGCGGGAAGUAGCAGGAGGGUGGAUCUGAACCUUUACCUCGGCCUCCCCCGCGCCCCGCGGUCUCGUCGCUCCGACCUCGGCUCCGACCUCGCCCUCAGCACCCCGAUGCCCUCCUCGCCCUCCUCCUCUGCCGCCUCCGUCGACGCCCCUCCGCCUCCGGAGCCCCCGCGUGCCCCCUACUCCCCGUCUCGCGCCGACCUUUCUCCUCCGCCACCGGAGCUAUACUCCUCGUACCUUCCCGAGGACGCGCGCCUACCGUACGCGCCAGCGCCGGUCAUGGAUGAGCUCACAGACGACAACGGGUUCGUCUUCCGCAUGGCGCCAGCGCCGGUCAUGCAUGAGACCGGAAAUGACAACGGGUUCGUCUGGCGCUCCCCGGUGCGAGCCAGCGAGUUUCUUGGCUGGGAGGAUCGCCCGUCUUCAUCGACGGCCUCCUCCUCCUUCCUCCCUGACGCUGCAACAAGGUACAGGCGGCUGCUCGAGCAGACGGGAAGCAGGUGGCUCCGCUCUAGGCGGUUUAGAUCGGACCUUCCGCCGCUCAGCUCCGAGGUUCAACCUCUAGGGCAUGAUGCAGCAGUGCCGGUGCCACAUCAUGAGCCGGCAAUUGAUAUCGUCGGGGACAAUAAGGUAACCGGCAAUGGAGUGGAAGUAGGUGCCCCGGAGAAGUCGGAGGAGCGGGGCAAGAGCGUCGCCACAUUUGCGUGCAACAUAUGCUUUGAGAUGGCUGGAGAGCCGGUGGUCACUUCUUGUGGCCAUCUCUUCUGCUGGCCUUGCUUGUACCAAUGGCUUAAUGUUUACUCCAAUCACAAGGAAUGCCCUGUCUGCAAGGGCGAAGUGACGGAGGCCAACAUUACUCCUAUCUAUGGUAGUAGAGGAAAUUCCUGUUCAGAUGCAGAGAAGGCUGUGGAGGAAGGCAAGCAGACAGGUCUUACAAUCCCACCAAGGCCACAUGGAAAUCGGCUUGAAAGUUUCCGGCAGCAGUUCCAACACUUGCGUCCAAUGUCAAGAAGGCUUGGUGACCCGCAUGGUAUACUGUCAUCAUGGAGGCGUCUUCUUGAUCAACAGAUCAUGAGUAGUGUGAGUAGAUUCGAAGGCCCGUCUGAACCAGCUGUGCAUGAAACAGGUGAUAUUGCUCCACACACUGGCCGCCUAAGUAGAUUGGCCACAAGGAUGAGAGCAAGACGGUUGCUGAGCGAGGUAGAUAACUCUCCUGAUGGUGGUUUCAUGGCCCCUGAUAAUGGUUUGCCUGGAAAUAGUGCACCAGAUGUACCUAGACAUGGUUCAAGCCCGGUUUUACCAGAAGGAUUUGAUUUGUUGCAACGGCUUACUCUUAUUGGCAUUGCAAAUACAGAAAGAUUGGCAACUGCCAUGAGUGACCUUAGAAGGAUAGCUACGCCUGGCCAAUAUGGAGCAUCCGCUUCAUUGUCGAACCCUGUGAAUCCCGAGGCAACAGUUGAUGGAACUCGUGUUGGUGCAGCACCUUCUACAGACCAAGCAUCAAACUCGAGCACCAUUGCGGUGAUACAGGGAGAUGUAAGUGUUUCUGAGACGGUGGGAGAGCCUAGCAACGCCGGCUCUUCACGAUCCCUGAGGAGGGGAAGGAGCAAUGGGUUGGCUUCUUUAGAUGUGGAUGGUGGACCCCCACAGCGCAACAAGAGGCGGAGGAUGUAGGCCUUCUCGGUCGCGGAGUUUCUUUGAACUUCAUAAUGUUGCUGAUUCCAGUUAUUUCAUUUUGUUUCUUUGGAUGGCAUCUGCUGUGCUGUAGUGUUACAAUGUUUUCUUCCUUUCCAUUUGUUUACUAGAAUGGUUCUGUUUAGUUCCCCUGGAGCCUCUGUUGUACCUCUUUAGUCUAUCAAACUGUUGGUAAACCAAAUUUGGAGGGUUGUCGUGGGAUGAAAUUUUCCCUGUUGAUAAGUUGGGUGCCAAAAUGUGCAUUCAGAGCAAUGAGAUUUCUGUGGACUGCCUAUAA